CGUAGAGGUGGUAACAUGGUAAAUCCACCAACAUCGGCUCAAUAUCCUACUAGUAACCCGGUGAGUCCACCAACAUCGGCUCAUUUUCUUGGUAGUAACAUGGUGAGUCCACCAACAUCGGCUCAAUAUCCUACUAGUAACAUGGUGAGUCCACCAACAUCGGCUCAAUAUCCUACUAGUAACAUGGUGAGUCAACCAACAUCGACUCAAUAUCCUACUAGUAACAUGGUGAGUCCACCAACAUCGGCUCAAUAUCCUACUAGUAACAUGGUGAGUCAACCAACAUCGACUCACUAUCUUGGUAGUAACAUGGUGAGUCCACCAACAUCGUCUCAAUAUCCUACUAGUAAUCAUAUAAGGUCGUCACAGCAUGGAAGUAGUAUUAACGCGGUCCGUCCAUCAAACUCGUCACAUCUUUGGGAUAGCAAAAAAGUCAGCCCAUCAUGUUCAUCUCAACUACUAGGUAGUAGCAUCUUGAAUCGUUCAAGCUCGUCUCAACAUGGAGGUAGUAUUAACGCGGUCCGUCCAUCAAGUCCACCUCAACAUUUGAGUAGUAACCUAGUGAAUCAUUCAAACUCGUCACAUCUUGGGGAUAGCAAAAAGGUCAGCCCAUCAUGUUCAUCCCAACUACUAGGUGGUAACAUCUUGAAUCGUUCAAGCUCGUCUCAUGGAGGUAGUAUUAACGCGGUCCGUCCAUCAAGCUCGCCUCAACAUCGGAGUAGUAACCUUGUGAAUAACUUAAACUCGUCACAUCAUAGUAAAAAGGUCAGUCCAUCAUGUUCACCCCAACAACUAGGUAGUAACAUCGCGAGUCAUUCAAGCUCGUCUCAACAUGGAGGUAGUAUUAACGCGGUCAGUCCAUCAAGUUCACCUCAACAUCUAAGAAGUGACUUGGUGAAUCAUUCAAGCUCGUCUGAACAUAAAGACAGCAAGAGAGCAGUGGUUGAUGAAUCACGCCAAGGUCAGCCUAUUAUGUGUACCGCUCGGACGUCCCACUACCUAGGACUGCCGGUAGAAGAUUUACCUGCUUGUUCUUGCAAAACGUGUGCGAUUCUGAAUACGUGUGCGAUGCUACGUGCUCGUAACAGAUCCAUUUAUGGGAGUGCGAAUGAUCGGAAGUGUUCCUUUUGCAACAAGGAAUUCAAAUACCGUGUUCACCUUGAGCGCCACUUGCGAACCCACACCGGGGAGAGACCUUUCAAAUGUUCACUCUGCGAUAAGGCGUUCGGGCAGAAGGAAAGUCUUAAGAAUCAUUUCGUAACGCACACGGGAGAAAAAUUGCACAAGUGUGGCGUUUGUGAUAAGCGGUUCUCACAUGUGACGGGUCUUAAUUAUCACAUGAAAGUUCACAAUGGAGAGCGCCACCACGAGUGUCCAGUCUGCAAGAAGAAGUUCAUUGACAGAAAAGGAGUCAAAAGACACAUGGUAACGCACACUGGGGAGAAACCCGUUGAAUGUUCAAUCUGUCAGAAACGGUUCACGCAAAGGAAUGCUCUUACAACGCACAUGCGGCAUCACACAGGAGAAAGACCUUUUGAAUGCUCGGUUUGCCAGAAAAGAUUUAUGGCGAAGAUACAUCUCACCGCGCACAUGCGCUCUCACACCGGUGAAAAGCCGUUCAAAUGUUCCGUGUGUGAUAAACAUUUUCCACAUUUAGGUAGUGUUUAUGUUCACAUGCGAACACACACAGGUGAACGGCCAUACGAAUGUAAAGUAUGCAAGAAAAAGUUUAGACAGAGUUGUACUCUUUCAAGGCAUUUGAAAACUCACCAAAAUGAAGAGGAGGAAACUAAAUCAGAUUAACUAGAACGGAAUUUAAUAAUGAUAGUAAUGUUUAUUUUAUAUAGCACAUUUUAUACCUGUAAGGUUUUGCUUUACAGAAAUAAAAUUAUACAAAUAUAAAUUAGAACAGUGUAGAAAAAACUUAAACAACAUCAAUAUUAAUCAAAUUACAUAUGGCUAAAUUAUGCUUCAUUAAAAAGACACGUCUUAAGUUCUGAUUUAAAUUCAGGCAGCCACCAGUUAGGGGUGUUUCAUGGAAGUCAUCAAAACUGAAUAAAUUUUCAGUGCUGACAAUAUCAAUGAAAUCAUUUGUUUUGAUUGGCUGAGAGGUACUGGCCUCUGACCGUUACUUAAGUAAUUUUUACAACAGGUCAUAACUCCGUUAUUCAAGAAAACAUUCGUGUAAAUGCAGAUAGAAUAACUAUGGAAGCUAAUUUUCAGUAUUUUAGCUGGUAAUUUAAACGAACGUUAAAGUUUUGUAAUUGGUUUCGAUAUUUGUAUUUUAAUUUGUCGUCCCAUAACCCAAAUGACACACUUGUCGAAUAAAGGGGUCAAUUCUUACACCCCAAAACGGACCAACCGUUUCGACGGAAUAGGUUCGGAUACACAUAGAAUAAGCAUGUUCCCGAUUUUUAUUUGAAAGUUUGCUUGUAGUUUAAUGAAGAAUCACGGAUAAUAUUCACGCUACACAUAAUAGAGAUUUUUCGCUUGACGACACACGACGAAUUAAAGAACAUAGAAAAUGUAUUGUCAAAUGUCCUUCAUGACAAACAACAACAAUCAAUAAUUUUCUGUCAAAAAUUUGUGAUAUAAGACAGCAGUGUUGUCU